AAAAUUUUGUAAAUGUAUAAAUACACAUAAAACAUCGCGUACAGAUCACUUUUUUAAUCAGUAAAUUUAUUCAUUUCAUGAACGUUAGUUCAAUAUACACAUUUAUUUGCUGAACACGUCAAAUGAAAUUACUCGAAUCAUCAAAAAUGCGUUUAUCUUUGUGUAUCUUCUUUAUAAUUACCUUUAUUUACACUGUUGCAAGUGUCAACAUGCCAUGCAAAUUGCCAAUUGAUUAUAACAUGUCACAAAAUAUCGAGAAAUUUAGUUCUAAAUUGUAUAAGGAAAUUCCAAAACGACCGAAAGAAAAUCUUUUAAUUUCUCCACUUGCUAUUGGAUACCUUUUGUCCUUAUUUGCAAUAAAUUCAACUAACGAGUCACUUGACGAAUUAUCAACAGUUCUUGAUAUACAUAGAAAUUUAAUAGAAAAACAUUACAAUUGCUAUUUAGAGAUUUUAAAUAAAGACUCAACAUUUAACCUUUCAAAGGGAAUAAUUUCAAAUGAUAGUACUUUCAGAGCAGAGGUGACUAAUAAAAUUCAAGCUACUAGCUUGAACAUAGUGAACUUGAACAACUAUACUGUUAGUAUCAGCUUCAAUCCUAAAUGGGAAGAACGAUAUUCUGUGAUUAGUUCAACUAAAGGAACUUUUUUUACUUCUGGAUUAAUGAAUUAUUAUGUCACAAUGUUGAGCUUAGAAAGUUAUUUUACACAUGGAAACAUUUCUGGUAUACCUGCUUCAUUUAUAGAACUUCCUUUCAAGAAUGAUUUUUACAUGCUUAUUGUCCUUCCCCAUGAAAUAAAUGGUAUUGAAAGUGUUGAACAAUCUCUGGGAUCAUUAACUAUUGAAGAGAUUACACGAAAUAAUGAAAAAACUCAUCUUGAUGUAAAUUUACCUCUAUUUGAAAUUGACGUUACAACGGAUGUUACUCAAGUUUUAAAAAAGAUGGGUAUACAAAAUUUGUUUAACACAAAUUCAGAAUAUUUAUUUAGAGAUGUUUUUAAACAAAAUUCUUAUAUUAGAGUAAAAGACUCUCAUGGAGACGAUGAUUCAGAAAAUGGCGGAUUUUCUUUUAUUCCUAUUUCACUAGAUAGUGGAAAGAUUUAUAACAUCAAUCGUCCUUUUCAUUAUAAAAUAAUUAAACGAUAUUCAUCUGAAGAAAAUGUAGUUCUUUUUGUUGGAAAUGUUAAGAGCUUCUAGAAAAAAAAACUUAAAAACUAAAUAGAAGAGGAAAAUAAAAUUUCUACUGUGUCUGGUGUUUUAAUAAAGUACAAAAAGUUUAAAAUGAAUUUUUUUUCCAUUACUAUUUAAAAAAAAACAUAAAAGCAAAGUUUUAUUUUAUAUAGAAAAAAGUAAAAAACAAUUUUUUAUUUGAA